AUGAGCCUGAUGGAUAAAAAGAAGUACGUCGUCCACUACCGCAACCUACAGUUCUACGUGCCUCACGGAAUGCGCGUAAAGAAGAUCCACCGCGUCUUGAAGUUCACACAGGAGCCAUGGAUGCAGCCCUACAUCGACUUUAACACCCAGAAGCGCACCGCCGCCAAGAAUGACUUUGAAAAGAAUCUGUUCAAAUUAAUGAACAACUCAGUGUUUGGGAAGACAAUGGAGAACAUUCGCAAGCGCGUCAGCGUAAAGAUUGCCAGCACCAGAGAGGAGGCAGAGGCAUACGUAUCGCAGCCGGGGUUCGUGCGCUACGUAGAAAUGCUGAACUUCUACGUGAUCCACAUGAAGAAGGCGAACCUCUUCCUGAAUAAACCAGUAUACACGGGCUUCGCAGUGCUGGAUCUGUCAAAGCUGCUUAUGUACGAGUUCUACUACGACAAGUUAAAACCAAAGUACGGAGACCGCUGCCACCUCCUGUACACGGACACCGACUCUUUGAUCCUCGAAGUGCAGACGGAAGACGUUUACCAAGACUGCCUCGAGGACAUCGAUGAGUACGACACUAGCGGUUACCCACGCGACCACGUCCUUUACAGCGCGAAAAACAAGAAGGUAAUUGGAAAGAUGAAGGAUGAGAUGUCAGGCAAGCCAAUUGUGGAGUACGUGGGCUUGAAACCAAAGAUGUACAGCGUGUUAAAGCUGGACGGCGUGGAGAAGAAAGCCAAAGGCGUAAAAAAGUACGUCGUUAAGAAUGACAUCACGCACGAGUCCUACUUAGACGUGCUACGAACGCGCAAGGAGCAGCGGCAUAAAAUGAACAGCCUACGCAGCUACGGACAUCAAAUACACAGCGUUACGCAAGAGAAGGUGUCCCUGUCUGCAUUUGACGGCAAGAGGUGGAWGUGCGACGACGGCAUCCAUACUAUGGCAUUCGGACAUCACACGAUAAGCAGUUCUUCUUUGACGAACCCACGCGCGGGGCCAUCAUGA